UAAACUGGAAGCGCGCAUAGUGUGUUGCUGGAGGCAGUAGGAUUUGGUUCACAAAGGAUUGGCAGGAUCUGCCGAGCAAAAGGCGUCGGAAAUAAGUUUUGAUGCACUGCUGCUGCCUCCCAAAACUGCGUGACGAGAAAUCCGCGCCGCGAUCAUGCAGGCGCAGCAAGACGGCAUGGAGACGUCCUCGGCUGUGGAUUCUGGGGUCGACCAGGACUACGAUCAGGAAAAUGACGCGCAUCACGUUAUCGAGCCGCAAACGGACACGGAUACAGCGUCAAGCGACGUUGAUGAAGGAUACGCGGACUCGGACGCGUCGUCGUUCCUCUCAUCCAUCCUCUCGGAAGUCAGACGCGGUGUCGAGAUAGCUGGACGGCUGUAUCCGUCUUACGGCAAACAUGAAUACGGCAUGCCCAUUGACGAGAAGGAGAUGGACCGCAACGACCUGCAGCACCACAAAUACCACCUGCUGCUCAAAGAGCGGCUCUUCGUCGCACCCAUCCCAGAUGACCAGCUCGCGUCAGGAAACAGCCGGAUCCUCGACCUCGGCACGGGGACGGGUAUCUGGGCCGUAGACAUGGCAGACAAAUACCCGUGCGCCGAACUAACCGGCGUCGACAUCGCCGCCACCCAGCCCGCCUUCGUCCCGCCCAACUGCACCUUCGAAAUCGAAGACAUCGAAGACGACUGGGCCUAUCGCCCCGCCCACUUCGAUUUCAUCCACGGCCGCGACCUGAUGACCGCCGUCCGCGACUGGCCACGCCUGCUCGCGCAAGCCUACACGCACCUCAAGCCCGGCGGGUGGAUCCAGCUGUGCAGCACGAUCCCGGGCGCACUGACGGAUGACGACAGCAUCCCCGCCGACAGCGGGUACGUCGAGUCCGGGCGGCUGUACUUUGAGAUGGCGGAGAAGAUGGGGGCGCCGCUGGACGCGCCGAAGCAGUGGGCUGAGCAGAUGCGGAGCGUGGGUUUUGCAAACGUGCAGGAAGAGGUGUAUAAGCUGCCGAUGGGAUCGUGGCCGCGCAGCAAGCGGCUCCGAACGGUGGGCAGGAUGGAACAGAUCAUGAUUUUGGAUGGCGGGUUUGAGGCGUAUAUGCUGCGCGGAUACACGCAAGUGCUUGGCGGCAGGCCAGAGGAUUUGCAGACGAUACUUUCGUCUGCGAAGAGGGAGGUUAUGGACCCGAAUAUUCAUACGUAUGUGCAGUACUGGAUAACGUAUGCGAUGAAGCCAUUUUGAGGAUGUGGUUGCUUUGGACAUGGAGUUGGCGGCGCUGGACGGACGGAAAACUUGUCUUUGUUGUAGACACUAUGUAAUGUCUAUCUUGCUUCUAUAGCUUGCUGG